AAAGAUGGAAGUGUAUGACGAUGGUUUUUCUGACACUUCCCUGAUAAGGCGAAGUGACCAUUUUGACAAAAGGUUAUCGAAGUAUUCUCCCAUGAGAUUAGAUUUUAAAAAUUUGGAAUAUGUUGUCAAUGAUUUUCGAUCUCCUACAGGUAAGAAAGAGAUUCUUAAAAAAAUUAAUGGAAGCUUCAGAUCAAAACACUUAACAGCUAUACUAGGAGGAAGUGGAUCCGGGAAGACAACCUUACUAAACAUUUUAGCUGGAUUAUUGUAAGUAUCCCGUAAGUUUUACAGGAUUGUCUAUUAUUAAAUAGAAUUUUACCAUAGGAUUUAAAUUACUAACCAAUCAGC